GCUACCCUGUUUAAACAAAACCUGGUCUUAAGUUUUGUCUAACAGAUAAGAUGUAUACUUGCAUAUUGUAGACAGAUAACCGAAUAAGACUGUCUCAAUUAGCUACAAAAUUAUUCUUAAAAGUGACAGCCUGUACUUCAGAGAGAAAUUGUCUACUUUGAUAUAACAUUUUUCUUUUUUUUAAGGGAUUAAAGUUUUCUUUUAUUCAUCGUGUGUUUUAAUUAACGGACUAAGUUUUUGUUGUUGUAAUUAAAUGUUUAUUUAAAUAUGUCAACGAAACUGACUGUACUGUGUUAAAUACGAAAUACUUUCUACGUCAAAAAUGAGGAAACGUGCACCUGGACGGACGCUGAAGACGUUUUUGGCAUUCUUUAACGUUAUAUUCUGGUUUGCAGGUGUCGGAUUUCUUGGCUUAGGUAUUUGGUUGUACCUUACAUUACACGACUUCCGGGCCGCUCUUGAUCAUGCGCAUUUUGUUCUUCCGGCGUAUCUACUCAUCAUUUCCGGCGGAGCUGUUGUUAUAUUUGGAGUUAUUGGGUGUUUAGCAAUAUUUGCAGAAAAUAGAUGUCUUUUAGCGUUUUACUGGUUUUGCAUAAUUUGUGUUUUAGCCGCAGAUGUAGCAACGUGUGUCAAAUCAUUUCUUUUAAAUGACGAGGUGGAAUCUCAUGUAAGAUACAGACUAAAUGUGACGUCAUCAUAUAAAUACAUGUAUGACGAGGAUAUAACAGAGGCGAUUGAUAAUCUUCAAAAAACGUACGAAUGUUGCGGGGUACGGAACCACAGUGAUUGGUCCGGCACAGCGUACAAUAUUAGAGCACGUAGUCUGGUUGCUAGGGGAUACCACGCCUACCCUUCUUCCUGCUGUAAACACAAUAAUUGUAGUCUAGAUUUAUCUAACAGUCCAGAAAUAUACAGUCAGGGCUGUUUACAUCCAGUGGUGAAUAAAUUAAGUUUCAUAUUGGUGCUGGUUGGCUGGUCCACCCUGGCAAUAUCUGCUUACCUUAUAAUAGAAAGUUUCAUGGUGUGCUGUUACCGUGUAGCGGUGCCGAGGUAGCGACCAGACGAGCCAAUUUCCUGUCAAGUUGUUUAUGAAAUCCUCUCUUAAACUGUUCUAUAUUUCUCCAGAAGUCAUAGACGAACGGUAAACAGCUGGAGGAAAAAGAAUUUGAAUAAUUUCGUGUUAUACUUCGCAGAAAUUAAUAUGAGGUCUGUUUUUCAAGAGAUGAGAUUGUGUUAAGAAAUGCGAAAUGUUAUCUUUUUAGCGGAAUGCACGUAGAUCUGUAUUGAUUCUUACUGAACCAGAAAUAUCCCGAAAGGUCGAAAUAAAUUUGCCCUUUCCUUUCUUCUGAGUAUCAAAUUAAGAUUUGCCUACUUUUGUGUCAUUUUUGUUCCAAAUAUUUAAUUACACGUUCUCAUUAUGUGUUUCUUGUUGAAAAAGAACAAAGAAUAAUUGGUGAUUUUCUAUUUGAAUUAAAUAAUUAAAUUCAUUGUGUAAUUAUGUUAGUUAUUAUUUUCAUUUUUAGGAUGGUUUAGAAGGUUUGUUACGGGAGAAAAACACGCAAUCGUAUGUUACGAAACUCGCAAAUUUUUGUCAAGUAAUAAUCAAUCCCUAAAAUAGUAUGCAUCUUAAUCUACGUUUAGCACGCAUUAAAGUAAAACGUCUGCUGUUAUUUUAUAUUCAUCUUAUUUUUUCACAUAUAUGGAAGUAAGAUAAAAGUCAUAUCAAAGUAUGUACAACUGAGGUCACGAAUUACCGUCUCGAGCUAUAUGGCAAAUAAGAACUGUUCUUUGAAACUGUAACUGAACACCAAAGAUAAAAAUCCUUUGAAAAAUAAAAUUGUUGAGGCUUAAUGGACCUUUUAAGCUCAAGCGAGUCUUUAUAAAAUUGUAAAAUGACAAUACCCUUUGUAUUAUGAAAUGUCAGAAUAUAGUUCCAGAUUUUUUACAAUAUUUACUUCCCUUGCCAAAAGUGGCAGCCAUUUAAGGUAUAAUUCACAAAAUAUGAAAAUUAUUUUAUAGCGUGCUCGAAGUGGCCCGAAGGGCUUGCUCGCAAAGCGAGCUUUACGGAAACGCGAGUACCUGCUAGAGAGUGAUGGCUUUGAAAACUUUCACCGGAAGUACUGCAAAAUUGACACAUCGCACCUUUUCGAAUUACAAGAUAACGAUAAAAGCAGGAAUUCUAAUUGAAAACGGAUGCGUAGACUGGUGUCCUGCGCACUUUUAUAGGAACCAUGACAGGGAACCAGAAUAAACGGAAGCAGUGCAUAAAAUACCGAAUGACACCUUUAAAACAGAAAAUGUAAAAUAAAAAUGAACGAUUAUUUUAACCGACUUUCCCGUUCAUAGGCUUUGCCUUAUUUUAUACUACAAGGAGCUCGCUUUGAGGCUUUGCCUUAUUCAUAUUAAAUUUUAUAAUUAUAAAACAGGUGAUUUACAUUAAUUAUUUUUUAUACAUAUGCAGCAAAAUAUUAUUAUAGCACCAAUAUGUAAACAAUUUUAUCUGACGGCUUUCAUUUAAAGCAUAUAAUAUAUUGGGAAUGACCCCCAACAAUUGGCGGCCAGGGGAGGUAAUUAUUGCUAUGUGAAAAGCAUCUAUAGCCAAAAUUUUCAUAUUUGUUUUAGUACUUUUCAAAAACACACUGCUACCCAUUAAAGACACACUGCUGGGUGUGAAACAAAUUAAGAAGGCCGACCAGGGUUUACAGGUACGUCGGACUCGUUUUAGUUCAAGACGCAUACCACCAAUGUCUUCACGUCGUGUUUGGAGGCGUAUAUGAUUUGGAAACAUUGUUACAUAUGUAGCUAAACUAUAUUUACAUUAACACAUAUCAUUAAUUCAUAAAACAAACACAAUUACGUUUACGCUCGGAGAAUCAAAACAUUUUAUUACACAAUAGCUUGAAUUGUUACAGCCGUGGAAAUAAGAUCAAACGCUCGGUAAGUUUCUUUGU